AUGGAGAAGAAAGCGUCCCUCGACGAUCGCCAGGAUGCAGACGCCGGCAGCAUCGUUCCCUUUCCCCAGACCAAGCGCGGUCUGUCCUCGCGCCAUGUGCAGUUGAUGGCCAUCGGGGGCUCCAUCGGGACGGGCCUGUUCGUGGGAAUCGGCGCAUAUCUUCGUGACGCAGGACCGCUCUCGCUACUGCUGGGAUAUCUGGUUUGGGGGAUCUUCUUCAUUCUUCCGAUCAAUCUCAGCGUCGGCGAAAUGUGCGCCUACCUGCCCAUCCGCGGGUCGAUUUUCGAGCUGGCGGCGCGAUACGUCGAUCCAGCGUUUGGAUUCGCCAUGGGAUGGGUCUACUUCUACGCCGGCCUGAUGCUCGUCUGCACCGAAUACUCCGCCGUCGCCUUCAUCAUGGACUACUGGCAGAUCGACGUCAACCCGGCGGCCUGGGUGGCCAUGGCCAUGGUCAUCUGCUUCCUGCUCAACAUCGUCGCCGUCAAAUACUACGGCGAGGCCGAGUUCAUCAUGGCCUCGACCAAGAUCCUGCUCCUCCUCGGCCUCAUCUUCCUCACCUUCAUCACCAUGGUCGGCGGCAACCCCAAGCGCGACGCCUACGGCUUCCGCCACUGGACCGACGGCCUCAUGUACGAAUACUACACCGACGGCGUCACCGGCCGCUUUUUGGGCUUCUUCUCCGUCAUGGUCUACGCCGCCUUUACCAUCGCCGGGCCCGACCUGCCUGCCCUCGCCGCCGGCGAGAUCCAGCACCCGCGCCGCACCAUCCCGCGCGUAGUCAAGAUGACCUUCUGGCGCAUCGUCGGCUUCUACGUCGUCGGCGUGCUCGGCGUCGGCAUCAUCUGCGACUCCCACGAUCCCCGCCUCAUGUCCGCCAUCGACUCCGGCGCCUCCGGCUCCGCCGCCUCGCCCUGGGUCAUCGGCAUCCAGAACCUGGGUAUCAGCGGCCUGCCCGAUCUCAUCAACGUGCUCAUCCUCUUCUCCGGCUGGUCCUGCGGCAACGCCUACCUGUACAGCUCCAGCCGCACGCUGUACUCGCUCGCCCGCGACGGCCAGGCCCCCAAGUUCCUGACCAAAUGCACCAAGGACGGCGUGCCCAUCUACUGCGUGGUCGUGGUCACCCUGCUGUCGUGCGUCACCUUCCUCGUCGCCGAUAACUCGUCCAUCAGCGUCUUCUACUGGUUUGUCGACUUGACUACCAUCGGACUCGUCCUCACCUACACCAGCAUGGCCUGUACGUUCCUCGGCUGGUACCGCGCGCUGCGUGCGCAGGGCAUCGAUCGCAAGAGCUAUCUGCCGUGGAUCUCGCCGCUGCAGCCGUACAUGGCCAUCCUGGCGGUGAUUCUCGGGUUUACGACGGCGCUGUUGAACGGGUAUGCUGUGUUCAAGCCCUUCAGCGCGCAGGGGUUUGUGACUUCGUACUUUGGACUGGCGUUCUUUGUGGUCAUGUUUGUGUUCUGGAAGGUGUUCAAGCGCACCAAGUGGGUUGAUCCGGCUACGGCGGACAUCUACACGGGCAAGGCGGAGAUCGACGAGGAGUGUCGCGAGUGGGAAGACGGCACCUGGGAGGAGAAACACAGGGCAGAGCUGGCGCAGAUGAAUAUUAUACGACGUACGUGGGAGAGAAUGUGGUGA